UGAUCUGUUCAGAAAUUUAUUCUCACCUCGUGGGUUUCCUCGCAGAUAGCGUGACACACGCGAGGAAAUAUCAUGGCGGGUAAUUUCGUAUAAAUGGUUUUUGUAAGAAUGGUUGUCAUGUUGUAUUUAUUACAAUUUUUCACGUUUCUUUUUUAUGAAAAUAGAUUAACGAAGAUCAUUUUGUACACAAAAAAAACGAGUUAAAUGUCUACAAAUAAUUCACUGGAUUCAGUGGUUUUCCAGAAGGAGAAAGAAUGGCGGGAAGCUUUUCAAGCUCACAUAAAAUCUUUGCAAGAGACUAUUUCUCAAAGAGAUAAAGAACUGACACAGGAAAAGUUGAAAUUCAAAAAAUUAAAAGAGGAUUUUGAGUAUAAUUUAAAACUAUUGUACGAAAGAGAUGAAGAGUUAGAAAAAUAUGAUUCAGUUAUUGGUCAAGUUAAAGAGACAGAUCAUAGCAAGACGGCGCAAAUAAGUGAAUUAUACGCACGGCUAGAUGAGAUGAAAUUAAAAUUAGAUAAUGAACAAAAAGCAAAAGAAGAAAUGCAAAAAUAUUAUCAAAAGAUAAGAAGUCUUACUAAGGAACUCGAGUUAGUUCGAGCGGAUGGCAAUCGUUGUAAAACUGAACUCAAUAAAACUGAAGUGACUUCACGUGAAUUGGAGAAAGUAAUAAAAGAGAAAGAUUGGACAAUUUCCGACAUGGAAAACACUCACAAAUAUUUUGUUGCCGAUCUUGAAGUGCAACUCGAGACAGCAAAAAAGACGGAGGAAAAAUUACGUGAAGAUUUUCAAAGAAAGAAUGCCGAACUUGAUCGUGCACUCCGUGAGAAAGAGACGAUGCUGGAUGAUGUCAAAAAUGGUUUUUCCAAAGAAGAGAGAAAGCUGGAGGCGAAGAUUAAGGAGUUGGAAAAAGAGUUGGAAUCUAAAAUGAAAGAACAUAGAGACAAUGAAUGGCGAUAUGUUGAUAAAUUAAAGGAAAAUGAAGUCACCAUGGGAAGAUUGCAGCAAUCUGUUAGCGACCUUCAGGUAAAGUUGCAGAAAGAAAACGAGGAAUUCUCACGACAAACUGUUGCUAAAGAUUUAGAAAUCGAGAAAUUACUUCAACAAGAGUCAAAACUAAGAACUGAACUUGCAAAGAGAAGAGAUGAAUUGGAAAGACGUCAGAAAGAUCUUACAGCAUCACUAGAGAAGGAGAGAGGACUGGAGCGAGCUAGAACUCAAUUGGAAUUGGACUGGCAGCGCAGAUGUGAAGAAGCCGAGAGGAUUGGAUUCGAGAAACAAGAGGAACUGGUGACGAGUUUAACUCGGGCCAAGGAUGAAGCUUUAUCUCGAGUGAGACAACAAGAACGCGAUUUACAAGAUAAAGACAGGCUAGUACGUCAUGUAAUGUCGCAGAGAGACGAUGUUAUUGCAAUUCUCAGAAGCAAUGGUCUUGACUUACCGACACCAGCAACUUUUAGUGUUGUGGCGAACGGACAUCCCUCAGAAGGCGACGACAAUUUGCCGAACGUUGAUCUUAAAAAACAAAAUGAAAUCUUGACACAAAUCAUUCGACAAAUGAGAGAAGAUAUGGAAGAGUUAACUAAACAAUUAAAUCGACAAGAUUCAAGUAAAACGUCGACAAAACCUCGGGAUUAUAAAUCCUUUAUAUCCGAAGAUUACGUAGCGAGUCUUGAAAAGGAAAUUCGUGAAGUGAAGGGAAAAAAUCGAGAGUUGAAUGAGGCGAUGAAAGAUCUUAGAACCAAGGCAAAUGACACGGACGGAAAUGUCCUCGUGAUGGAUGGAAAAACGGAGGGAAGAGUCGAUGUGACGGAUGGUUAUAAAAAUGAAAUCAAAGGACUUGUACAACACUUGAGUGAUUUGAUUGGAGAUCUUCGGCAAGAAAAAACAGAAAUAAAAACGCUGCAACGUGGGAAUGAGCCUGUCCGUGUUCAAAGUCGUGUCAAUUAUAUGAACGAUAAGAUCGUGAGAGAUCCUUACCGUAAAGACGAGCGUCCAAUGAUAGAACGAGAUGUAAAAGAAAGAACGAGCAACAACGCAUCUCGCGCAUUUCUUCAAGAGAAACUAUGGGAAGCCAGUCAACGUAUUAACGAUUUGACAAAGGAAAGGGAACAGUUGAUAAAGAUGGGAAAUAAACUGAGAUCUGAGUUGAUGAAGUAUAAAGUUCCUCGAUGUUUUACGUCUGUGUUUUAUGUUGGCUACGCAAGUAGUGUUAAUCAUCAAGCAACAGGUUUCACGAGCGCAUCGAACCUCGCGAAUGUUGGACGUUUAAAAUAUGAAACUAGAGAAAACGAACCUCAAUACGGUGAACAUCCUUCAAUAAACAACUCACAAAAGACUGUUUCUUCUUCCCGCCAAAAUAUCAUGACACAAGAGGAAAAUAAACGACAGUUGACUAAAGAUGAUGACGUCACUUCACCAUGGCAACCGUCGUUCUCAUCGGACGACCGCUUAUCGUUGCAGGAAGUCUGGAAACUACUGGAUGAGGAAAGUCCCGCGGGAUUGACCCCACGCGUGAUUCGUGACAAACAAGCGAGAGAGAGUAGCUCAGAUGGUUUCACUGUGAAAGGUCAUCAAAGUGAAGUUUUGGUAAAACCAGAGAUAAGCAGACCUGUUCUGUCAGCAAAAGUUGCCGGUAAGCACAAACUGAGUAAGCCAAAGGCCAGGAUAAGAAAUUAUAACAUUCAAGAUGAAGACAUUCGCGAAGGAUUGUGAGUUGCAUUGUUCUAACAUGAAGUAUUAUUCCUGUAACAAGAAUGAGAAGAAGUUGUAUGAGCACAACCAAUGUCAGGUAACCUGUUUCAACAUAAUUUAAACCAAAAAAUGCUGCCAAUGGAUGACGGGAUAGAUCACCAAGUCUUUCUUUGAGAUAUUCACAUUCGUCAGUCUCCCCUAGAAACAGCGUUCAAAAUGACGUCAUCAAAACUAUGACGUCAUCAGUCAUAUUUACAAUGUGAUCGUGUGUCUUACCGUCAUAAAGUUGAACUGUUGUAUUGAAGACCUCAGUGAAUUUUAUAUGACAUAGAUUCAAGACUUUUAAAUGACAAAUGCCGAUAUAGUUUUGUCGAAGAGCACCAGAGCUGUAUAAAGAGUGAUUUGUUCUAUGACUUCCAGUCACUGUUUAUAAAGAGCUAAAUUGCAUUUAAAAUCAUAGGUUUGUUUUGUUGAAAUGUUGUUUGAAAACUCACCAGUUUCCUGGCAUUUCAAUCCUCCACGGUUUGUCUUCGCGAAGUUUGUUAAGAAAAUUGAUCUUUUCUAUAAUUCUCAUUCGUGGUGUACACGUCAAAUUGACCAUGUAGACAGAAAAAAGACCAAUCUAGAGAUGGUAAUUCUUAAUUAGGUUAACGAAUCUAGCUUUUCUAUCUGGCAUUUUUACUACGUUCCUUUGUGAAACAAAUUAUCUCGCUUAUGUGAGUGUUGUGUUAUUUAUGUUCAUAGUUUUGAUCAAACUAUAUCAAUGAACCUUGCUUGUGGAAUCUUGCAGCUCGAAAAUCACCACUCCAUUUUGUUCGGGUUUUCUAACUAAAGUCGACUGUCCUUCUUUGUCUGUAAUAUCGAUAUUCAAUGAAGUAAUUUUACUCACAGAAAAGUGAACAUGAAGAUC